AACACCCUCAUUCUCCUCUCUCUCUUUCUCUCUCUCUCUCUCUAAACUACACCAUAAUUUCACUCCCAACCAUGGUGGUUCCUGCGGCGGCCAAUGGUGGUGAUCAGAAGCCCUACGAAAUCCCGUUCUUUGACUUGGGCGCUGCCGGGGAAGAAGAGAUUAUUGCUGACGUGGCGCGGUGGAAGGAGAUGUGCGACAAGGUGCGGGAGGCGUGCGAGAUCCAGGGCUGCUUCUGCUUCACGACGGAGAAGGUCCCCGCGAAGCUGAGGGAAGAGAUGGCGGAAGGGCUGCGCCAGCUGUUCGACCUCCCCGUGGAGACCAAGGAGAGGCACGUCAGCCCUAAGCCGUACCGGAGCUACCUGGGCAAGAACGACGUCGUCCCUUACCUCGAGAGCUUCGGCAUCGACGACCAGGCUCCCGACGCUGAUGACGCGGCGGAGGCUUUCACUGCCGUCAUGUGGCCCCAAGGCAACCCUGAAUUCCGUGAGUCACUGAGCGAGAUGAGCGCCAAGAUGCUGGACCUGAACCUCCUCAUAAUCAAGAUGCUACUCACCAGCUACAACCUCGACGACGCCCCAUCCCACGCCGCCGACACCACCACCAGCUACUUCCGCCUCAUGAAGUACAAAGUCCCUCCCGCCCCUCCCGCCGCCGACCACUACGCCGGGAUCGGGCUUAUGGCCCACACCGACAAGAACACCGUCACCAUCCUGGGCCAGAACGACGUCCAGGGCCUCGAGAUCCAGCCCAAAGAAGACAACAACACCUGGGUCCCCGUCGUGAUCCCCGAGGGCGCGUUCGUGGCCAUCGUUGGGGACGCGCUCAAGGCCUGGAGCAACGGGCGGCUGCACUCGGUUCGGCACCGGGUCGUGCUCCGAGGGGAGAAGGAGCGCUACUCGUGGGGCAGCUUCUUGAUGCCCAAGGACGGCUCGAGGGUCCAGGCGCCGGAGGAGUUCGUCGACAAAGACCACCCGCCGUUGUACCGCGGCUUCACCUACGCCGACUUCCUCUCUUACUUCGUCUCCACGUUGAAGGACGAUGCCCUCGAUGUUUUCGCUGGCUUGCCCGACGUCGUCGAUGAUCGGGAUCAGCUGGCUGUUAACUGAGGGAGGAGCAUGCAUGCAGGGCGUUUGAUUAAUUGGUUGCGGUCGGGGUUAACGUGGUCUCUGGCCGGUUAUAAAGUAAUGUCGGUGUGUCUCGUAAAGUUGUGAUUGUCUCGUGUGUUUGAUUAAGCGUUGUGAAUUGUGAUUAAUAAUGUUGUCUCUCUUUUGUCGUGGUGGUUUUGGUAUGUAUAUUGUUGUAUAUGCCUGGAGGGACAGUGGGAUACCUUGGGAAGUAAAGUGUUUUUUUUUUUAAUGUUAUAGUGCAUGUGUGAUUGUUUGUAACUUGUAAGGAGAAAAAAGAGAUCUAAUGAGCAAUUUGUCCAUUGAGUAAAUGAAAGUUAUAUUUAUCUACUUUUGAGUUUUUGUAU